AUGACAUCUUUGCCUUCUUGUUCUCGCACAAUUCUGUCUUUGUUUCAUAAUUUAUCGAUAAAUUCAAGAAAAUUCGAUCAGAUAUUCUUUAAAAAAAAUUUAAUUGGAAAACAUUUCUUAUGUACUGUUUCGGAAGGUACAAUAAUUUUUGAUCGUGAAACGAAGAGAAUUCAACGCAAUAGAGCUGCUCAAUUGGAUGAUUAUGAUGUUUGCCAGUAUGUUAAAGAUGAAAUAGCUUAUCGUGUAGCUGAUAAGGUAUUCGAUUUAACCAAAUUCAACGAUAUUUGCAUUGAUAUCGGAUGUGGUAGUGGCCAUAUUGCGACGAAUUUGAUUAAGGAAAAUGUGGGUGUUAUUAUUCAAUGUGAUAUGAGCGCAGGACUGAUAAGACGAAGUAGAGGUGCAGCUGAUCCUGAAGUACCUGUUUUGAGUGUCAUUGCAGAUGAAUCAAUGGCACCUUUCCGGGAAAAGUCAGCUGAUUUGGUGGUAUCCAGCCUUAGUGCCCAUUGGAUUAACGACCUAGAGAAAUGGUUUUCGCGUUGUUUAUCGAUCCUUCGUCCUGAUUGUCCACUUAUUGGUGCUAUGCUAGCUAAUGAAACAUUGUAUGAACUUCGAAUAGCCUUACAGUUAGCUGAAAUGGAGAGAUUGGGCGGCAUUGGUUUGCAUAUUUCACCGUUUGUUAGAGCAGAUGAUGUGGGAUCGUUAAUGAGUCAGGCUGGUUUUGGAAUGAUUACAUUGGAUACGGAUGAGCUGACGGUUGGUUAUCCGAAUAUUUUUGCUUUACUCUAUGAUUUACAAGGUAUGGGUGAAUCGAAUGCACUGCGAAAUCGAUCAGCACAUAUUAGAAAAGAUAUUCUUAUAGCUGCUGAUACUAUUUAUAGGUCAAUGUUUUCUCGUGAUGAUGCGCCAUGUCCAGCAACUUUUCAGAUUGUUUCAUUUAUUGGUUGGCGUCCCGGUCCUUUAAUGCCAAAACCAGCUAAACGUGGCUCACAGAAGGCAUCAUUCAAAGAUAUUAGCAAAUUUGUUGAAGGAAAAGUGUCAUUUCCAGAUGAUCAUAAUCCGAAAAUAGGGAAAGAGUAA